AGUCUGUGCGGCAACAGCUGAGUGCAAAUCAGUGCAGAAUUGUGUUUUGGCUUUAAUUGUAAAGAAAUUAAGUGUCGUUUAAUUUAUAAUUUAAAUAAGAAACAAUGAUGCAGCAGCUAAGGCGCAUCUCACUGCCUCGCUUGCAGCGCCACGUGACCUUGAGCCUGUUGAGCAGAUGCGGCUCGACGUCCACGGAUGUUCCGCCAGAGGAGCUGGAUGCCUUUGAGCGUGAUUACUUGCAGCAACGCAUUCAGAUAACAACAUUUCAAAGGCUGUUGCUGGGUGCCGGCUCAUCCAUUGCCUCAUUGCUGAAUCCGCACAGACACGACAUGAUUGCCUGCCUGGGCGAGACAACCGGUGAGAAUGCGCUGUUGAAUAUUUUGGAUACCAUGCAGGCGAGUGAGGAAGGACGUCGAAUCCUUGUCGAAAAGCCACGCAUUAAUACAAAAACAAUUGAUCUCAAGAGCUUGGAAGCGUUGCCAUCAGAUUCAUUUGGCUUUGCCUAUGCCAAGUUCUUGAAAGACAACAAUGUGACGCCCGAUUCGCGCAUGGAAGUGCGCUUUCUGGAAGACCCUAAACUGGCCUAUAUAAUGACGCGCUAUCGCGAAUGUCACGAUUUAGUUCAUGCCGUGCUGGAUAUGCCGACGAAUAUGCUCUGUGAGGUGACUGUCAAAUGGGUGGAAGCCCUGAACAACGGACUGCCCAUGUGUUAUGGAGCCGCAGUGUUUGGAGCAGUGCGGCUGCGACCCAGACAGCGUCGAGAGUACUUGAAGCGUUAUUUGCCGUGGGCCAUCGAAAAUAGCAAGCAAAUGAAGCCACUAAUGCCGAUUUACUGGGAGAAGCGAUGGGAGCAAAAAGUGAACGACUUGCGCGCCGAGUUAGGCAUUAAGCCGUUUCAAUAAAGUUUUUAUUAUUUUGUUUUGAA